AGGAAGAGAGGCAGCUUCCAAAAAGAUUCGCCCGUCAACACAGACCCAUCGACACUGCACAAGAUAUCGGUGCCGAGAUGCGAACCUUCUGGGCCCUGGCCACCAUACUGGCCCUCCAGGUGGAAGCACUUGACCUGCUGAACACUCCUCCAGUGCUGGAACAACUUCCUGUUGGUAAACUACCAGUCAGACGCAGAAAUGUCUACAACCACCCAGUAGUUCGAAGAGCCCCCCGUGCCACAGAAAACCUACCUCAGCCUCAAAAGAGCGGUUGUUACCCUAUGGCAAGAUACUUCAUGUCUGGUGACAAACUCCGUGACUAUCUAAAUGCCACCGUGCCCCCACAGAUCGAGAAGAUGCUAAUGUGUGCAGAGGUGGAUCUGGCCGGUCUGCUUGGGACAGUGCUGGAGACAGUGACCGACUUGGACCUGCUGUCUUUGUUAGACAUCACUUCCUCCCUCGAUAUCCUCGGCGAUGGUGGCCUUGGUGGUGUCCUGAGCAAGGGGAGUAGCAGCAAGUCCUCAAAGGAAGCCACUGGUGUCAGUAACCUGCUACCCCAGGGCCAAGGGAUCCUGAACAGCAUAACAUCCAAUGGUGGACAGGGCCCUGACGACAACGCUUCUCGUGGCUCCAGUCUCCUCCAGCCCCUGAGCGCCGUGGGCAAGAAAGUCGGCGAGCUCGUAGAGUCCACCAAGGGCGUGCUGGAGAGUGUGGUGCCAGCUGGCACCACGGAUGGGCUCUUAGGCGGGCUGGGAAAUAUUGAUCUGAACGAUCUCCUGAUAGGAUUAGAGGUUCAAAAAGCAACUGUGCAGAACAUGAAGUUGACCAUGACCGGUGAUGGGAUCCUCAUCCACGCCACGACUACCGCCUUCGUAGCUGGAAAAGGCCUGCUAGGAGCUGUACUCAGCAUACUGGGAUUUCAAGUGAAUUCGGAUGUGACUCUGAAAAUUGGAAUUUCCACAAACAACGCCCAAUGCGUCAACCUCCAAGUCCAGGACAAGGACAUCAGGGUCAAGGAAGUGAACCUCCAACUGGUGAAGGCGGUCACAGAUGCUUUGCCUCUCUCUCUGCCCUUAGAUGACAUCGUUUCUGAAGUGUUGACGGUUGACAUGAAUGAGAAUAUAAAAAAAUCAAAAUCAUGUGACAUUGAUCUCAGUGAUUUCAACGAAUGCAAGAGCUCUACUGGCUUGUUCAAGUACCACAUUAAAAGUUUCCGGACAUCUGCACAAGGUCUUUCAAUCCUCUAUUGCGCCUUUUUUAAGGAAACAGUCCCGAUGCCUGGAAGACCCCUUCCUCCAAUUCCUAAAAAUGCCAACGUCUCCAUAACUCUAUCCCGCACGAUGGUCAGGGCAGUCGUCAUUCACAGCGCCAAGCAGAGCUCCAUCCAGAUGAAUAACCUGGAUGUACAAUUCGCCAGAAUAGUCUACUCCAGCCAGCCAGACAACAAAGUCCAAAACACUUAUUGGGUUAACGUGACUAAGGAUGGGGAGAGCUUUGCCACAGGAAAAACGAAUAUAAUCAUCUCCUAUACGUGCAAGAUUUUAAAAGGCAAACUGCAAACAGACAUCAAGAUUGAGAGCUUUGAACACAGCAUGACACCCCCUGACGCUAUUGAUGAGGUGCAAGAGGUGAUGUCUGCAGUUGUGAAGAAAUUCCUGUCUAACAUUAUUGAAUUUUUCAAUCAAGUGAAUAUUCCACCGGGAGUAACCUCAAGUUCUCUAAAUAAUGCCGAGGUUAAACUGCUUAAAUCGAAUGAACUGCAGGCAGCAAAAUAAACCCAGCACACGUGAUGCCAGAGAACUUUCAGGAUGACAGCACUCCGAAACUUCUCUGAAAAAAUACUGAGCCAAGGACAUCCUUAUGAUUAAGGAGCCAAGUAGAAUAGUGCUCUGAACAUGCCAACUGUCCUUUGGAAUUUCACCAACGUUAUUUUGAAUUAAC